GGGCUGUCUACCACCCUGCCGGUAUGGCUGAUUCCACUCGGGGGAAGAGGAGUGGAUGGAAUGCAGGAGCAUCGACAGGCAGAGAGCAGGCAGCCAUGGACCGGGGCUUCACCAUCGAAAACCCCUAUGCCAGCGUCGCCGUUCCGCGGGCUCAACUGAAGGACGACUUCCUGAGUUACUACCUGGGGGAGGACUUCGGUCCCAACGUCCUGGGCUCCUGCUCGGCAGCCCCCCAGAAAGAGGCAGACCCCAAAUCUCCCUCUCUGGCUUGGAACGGCCAAGCGCAGGCUGAGUCUCAAGCCAGGCCCACCAACCCCUACGCCAGCCUCAAGGCCCCCCCCAGGGUGGACGCUCCGGAGCCCUUCCGCUGGAAGAGCCACCAAGAGGCAGCUCCGGAUCCUGGCGGCUGCGGCUACCUCUGCUGCCGCUGCUCACCUUGCUGUAGGAAGUGCCGCUGCGUCAUCUCCUAAUCGAGGAGCAGUCGAGGCUGGACGUGGCUGUGCUCACCUGCCCCACAGCCGCCCUCUGCCAGAAUGGUGGGUGCCCUGAUGCCCAGGAGGGAAGCCUAAAGGAACAGUCAACUUUUCUUUCCCCCAUUUCCACUGAGGCAACAUGGGCAGCAGAGGAAGGCGCUCCGGGCCAGCCUUCGAUGAAGAAGGAGUUGAAAAGCUUCCCCUGGCAAAGGAACAUGAAGGGUGGGUAUGGCACUAACCAUGGAUCUGGAGCUGGAUUUGCCCCCGCUGUCUGUGAGGACCAGCCAGAGCCCGCCGUGCCUUCCCUUCCCUAGCCUCGCCCCUGUCCUUUCUCUGGAGGGGAGUGGGUAGAAGACAAAUGGAGGCAGAGUGGGCACUGGACUGGGGCAGGCACAUGACCUUGCUUGCUCAGGGUGGGGCCCUUGGCCUCUGCCCUUUAAAGGGAGGCUGUGGUGAAAGUUCUCUGUUGAUAAGGAGGGUCAUAAAACUUGCUGUUGCCCAGCCAGCCUGUCUCCCUGGUGCUCCUGGGAGGGGCACCCCUGGCUCCUUCUUUGCCCAGUUGUUCUGCACCUUGUGGAGGUCUUCUCCUUCUCCUUUUCCUUAUCUUCACUUCUCCCUGGCUUGGGACCUGCUUCGUAUGCCUCCCAAGGACGCACGCUCCAGAAGGUUACCCAGGGGCGUUCCUUGGCACAACCCCAGCAGGGCGAGAUUCCACGUCUCCCUUGCCAGCCUUGCCCCGCCACCCUUGCUGUAUGUGACACCCUGCCUCGUUCUCCGCCGCGCCCUGACAGCCCUGCCUGGCUUCCCUUUCAGACUCCUUUCCAUGGAGGCAUCUAUGCCAGACUAGUUCGGGAACUGUGGGUUUUUGGAGCUGGCUCCCUGAGGCCUGGAAAGCAGAGUCCAGCUUUGAGCCAAGGAGAAGAAAACAAAAUUCAUUGCUAAGGCGGUCUGGACAGCAGCGCAGCCUGUUAGCGCAGAGUAAAAAAGCCAAAAGAAAAAUAAGAGGAAGGGCGUUGCUUUCGGUUUCUGCACUGGGCAACCCACGGACCACGGGAUCAUCCGUUGGGAGGUUUUUCCUGACCGGAUUUCUCAGUUCCUUCAAUACUGGUGGAGGUCUCUCGACUGGCCUUCUUCACUGGGAGACAUUCAGAGACAUUUCCGCCUUGAAAAUGGCCCAUCACGAGAACUGUCUUACAUAGUCGAACAUCAGCACAGGGAACGUUUGAUGACGUUUUGUAUUCUGAUAAUCUUAGGCCGUAGAAAGUUUUAUAAAAUUUUGCCAAAUUUCAAAUGCCACUGGAGUCAUGAGUCCUGGGUUUCGGACACGUUCUGUGAGUUGGUCCGUUUGAAGUACUUGGUCCAAAACGUUUCGCCCUCCGGUCAAGUUUCGCCCAGUUACGGGAAAGGAAUCAAGAGUUGUCGU